AUGCUUCCGACACCCUAUGUGAAAUGCGAUUAUGAAAAGGUUUACGAACCAUCAGAAGAUUCUUUCUUACUUCUGGAUAUUCUGGAAAAGGAAAGACAAUACCUUGCUGACAGAUUCAGUAAGUCCCUGAAUGUUGUAUGUGAAAUUGGUGUGGGCUCAGGUAUUGUAACUACAUUUAUGAUGCAAAAUACAAUUCCGAGCGCUGGUCACUUGAAUUUGUACUAUGCUAUUGAUGUAAAUCCAUGGGCUUUAGAAUCUACUCUAACCACGGCAGAUAUCAAUAACUGUAAGAAAUCAUAUCUGGAGCCUGUACAGGCAGAUCUCACGAGCAGCUUUAGAACUAGAGAAAUCGACCUUCUUAUAUUCAAUCCACCAUAUGUACCUGCUGAGGAUGUACCUACUAUUCCAGAAGAAACCGAUGAUCAAGAUAAAUGGUUGGACUUGGCGUUGUUGGGGGGUGAAGAUGGAAUGGACGUGACUAAUAAAGUGCUCGACAACCUAGAAGCAAUAUUGUCUUUGAGGGGGGUAGCAUAUAUUUUAUUUUGUGCCAGAAAUAAGCCGGAAGAGAUAGCUAAAAGGAUGGAACAAAUUUGGGAUAUCAAAUUGAUAGAACAAAGGAAGGCGGGCUGGGAAAUAUUAAGUGUUUAUCGCUUCCAGAAGAAGAAUCUAUGA